AUGCACGAAAAAGCAUAACCUUCUCUUCCUUCCUUACACGUAACUACUAAUCCGAAUAUGAAUUCGACCAAAAGAAUACAUGCAAGAAUGAUUAUAGAACCGAAUGUUAAGGACAUUAUAUCAUUGCCAAGAGCACAGCAAAUUGGAUCGUAUAAUCAAUAGUUUCGAAGAGUUCCUUUAAAGCUGAAUCCGAAAGUCGUGCAAGCCUUUUCGCCUUAUCAAAGCUAUUCAAUUAUUAGUUUUAGUGAUUUCCUUUAUGAGAAACAUAAAAAAGAGAAACAGCUCUAAAAACUAAAGGAUAAGAAAUAAUUGGAAAAAUUGAAGGACAUUUAAAACAAAGAAAAAAUUAAGUACUUCCAAUAGGAAGACGAAAACAAUGAGGAUAUAAUUGACUCCAUAAUGGAGAAGGUUAGGGUGGAAUUGGGGCAACAAUAAAUGUAAUCUAAUUUUAUAACAAAUUGA